CAAACCCAUGUAUGAAACCAACAGUUUCUCUUUUAACGUUGUAGGGAGAUAGUUUCUCCAACGAAUUCUAGAUCAGGAAUACACCAAAUGAGCAUUUAAACGCAAAAGGUAAGUCAUUACGCGCAGCUUUUGGAACGUCUGAGAACCACGCGCGCGUGCCAGCAGUCAACUCGUGGAUGCAGGAGUCUUCAACUUCCAAGUCGCAAAGCAAAAUUGCCAUCACAAGUAUGCAGUAGCCUAACAGCGUGUGGACAACGGUUGAAAAGGGAUGAAAUUUGAAGUGCGGAUGGAGGGGUUGCGGAUUCACCAACACAUCAACAAACAGAAACUUUCAAGGUUUCUCAUAGUGUGCCUGGCGGUUUUCAUCUUAGUAUCUGAAACAAGUGCGCAAAGCAAGAAGAAGUACGACGGGCCUUGUGGGGGCAGAGACUGCAGUGGAGGAUGCCAGUGUUACCCUGAAAAAGGCGGCAGAGGCCAACCAGGACCUCUCGGGCCCCAGGGGCCGCAGGGGCCUCCCGGACGUGACGGGGAGCCCGGCAUCCAGGGGGGCCAGGGCCAGAAGGGACAUCCGGGGAGACAAGGCAUCACUGGCCCCAAAGGAUCAGUGGGAAUGACAGGAAUUCCAGGUUUCACCGGCGGCAACGGCAUUCCGGGACACCCAGGGCAAGGUGGUCCACGGGGACCACCGGGAGGGGACGGCUGCAAUGGAACACGCGGCGAAUCCGGAAUUCCCGGAAGACCAGGAGUGAUGGGAAUACCAGGAUUUGAUGGUCCUCACGGGCCAAAAGGACAAAAGGGGGAUGAUUUGGAGCUACACGUCUUCAUGCAGAGAUUCCAGGGAGAACCAGGCUUCCCAGGAUCUCCAGGAUAUCCUGGCUCGUCAGGGGACCCUGGUUUUGGGGGACCCAUGGGUAUCCCAGGGCCACAGGGCCCACCUGGUAUUCCCGGACCCAAAGGCGAGAAGGGAACAAUGAUCCAAGUGAUUAAGGGGGAGAAAGGAGACUCGGGGGAUGCUGGCGAGCCAGGGCUUCCAGGAAACUACACCUACCCACUCAGUCAGCCGCCUCUGAUUCCAGGUCCAGAUGGUCCAAAAGGAUCGCAAGGAGAAAUUGGUGAACCUGCGGACAACAAAGGAGAGGAUGGCAUUAUGGGAAUGCCAGGAGCAAGGGGGUUGCCUGGUCUGAAUGGACAGCAAGGAGGACGGGGUGAGAACGGAUUUCCUGGCUUUCCUGGGAGACCUGGACCAAAGGGUGAAGUUGGUGCACCUGGCGAGCUCAUCGGCCCUAUUGCCCCUGGAGGAAUUGGUCUUCCGGGCCUGCAGGGGGAGCUGGGUCCCCAGGGAAGGACAGGGCCUCAGGGGUGGAAAGGCGCACGCGGAAGACCCGGACCAUCUCCUGAUGGUCAACAACAACAAAUAUUUGACUUUUUUGGCCCGUUUGGCGAUAAGGGUGCGAGGGGCCAGAAGGGUUCUGAGGGUGAGCCUGGAUCCCCUGCCACCAUCCCCGGGCCCCCUGGACUGGACGGCUUCCAAGGCGAGAGAGGGUAUCCCGGUCCAAAAGGAUCAUGGGGGGAACAUUACAAAGGAUCUCCCGGUACAGGUGGACGACCAGGCUCAGCUGGAAGGAAGGGUCAAAAAGGUGAGCACGGUGCAUGCGAGUGCAACAACGUGGAUGCUCCGGCAGGUCUUCCAGGCCCUGCGGGUGGCAGAGGCGUGAGGGGCAUGCAGGGAGAAUGGGGGCAGCAGGGGGACCAGGGCAACCCAGGACUACCUGGCGGAGACGGCAGCCCCGGUUUUCCAGGCAGUGAUGGCUUACCUGGUCCAAAGGGAAGAAAAGGAGAAACCACAGUGGCAACUCAAAAAGGAUUCCCGGGCGAGCCGGGUGAGCCAGGACUGGGGGGAGAGAGGGGACCGCAGGGUCACAACGGCUUCGGAGGGAUUCCAGGUGCCCCUGGACUCAGGGGUAAUCAGGGCGAGGGUCCAGUGGGUGAGCCUGGAGAUGAGGGCCGCCCUGGCCCACACGGCUUGCCCGGCUUCCCCGGUCCCCAGGGAGAGCCUGGCGAAGCGUUAGGGGCGCCCGCGGGCGAGAAGGGUUUGCCCGGUGACCCUGGAAUCCCAGGAUAUGCUGGCAUGGACGGCCCCGCCGGAACCCCAGGAGGCUGUAUUCAAGAGGGAGGUCGUGGCCUGGUGUAUACUGAAGGUGAAUGUGACGCGGUGCCCGGGCCCCCGGGUGUGACAGGACAACCCGGCGCUGAUGGGCUGGACGGCUUGCCAGGACCUCCAGGGCCCAAAGGCUUUGCCGGGUUGCCUGGUGAGGAAGGCUUUAAGGGGGAGAGAGGAGAUUCAGGCCGGGGUGGACUUCCAGGCCCUAUGGGUUUCAUUGGCCCUCGUGGAGAUUUGGGCGUUCCUGGUUUCCGAGGCGAGGUGGGAGCCGCGGGCAAGGCCGGUAUGGACGGCCGGCACGGCGAGCAGGGUCCAAAGGGUGUCCACGGCGAGGUGUGGAACGCCUCCACUGGCGCUCCCGGAGAUUUCGGACCCACCGGGGCGAGGGGGGAGCCUGGACUUCCGGGAAUACCCGGACCCAGAGGAUACUCAGGCAUGAAUGGAAUGCCUGGCAUGGUCGGCUUCAAGGGUGAGCUCGGUCCAGCUGGCUUCGAAGGAGAGAUUGGUCGUCCGGGCCCUGCGGGAAAGGAGGGUUUUCCAGGUCUGCCAGGGAAACCAGGUGUUCCUGGACCUCGAGGAAACCUUGGACUUCCAGGUUUCCCCGGAGACAGAGGUAACCAGGGUGACCCUGGCCCCCCAGGACCCUUUGGGAUGAAGGGAACCCCAGGUGACCACGGCCGUGUUGGGGACGCUGGAAAUCCAGGAAACCUGGGAACCCAGGGCUUUGAAGGACCCCCUGGACGUGUCGGCGUUGGCGGUCUGAAAGGUUCUCAGGGGUCCCAGGGUAUGACAGGGUUCACCGGCAUGCAGGGUGUGAGUGGCUUCAGGGGGGCCAGUGGGGUGAAGGGAGAGCCAGGACUGCCGGGAGAGUUUGGCACAAAGGGAAACGCAGGCCAGCGCGGCAUCAAGGGGGACAGAGGCAUCCCGGGGCCCAUGGGGGAGAAGCCCCACAUGGAGCCGUCUGUCAAGAUGGAGAUGAAGGGGACAAAGGGGGACAUCGGCACGCCGGGAGACUUCGGCUUCACUGGAAUCAGAGGACCCAAAGGUCUUCCGGGCAUCCCUGGUGAGGACGGCCAUGAUGGUUAUCCGGGCAUGCCCAACCAGGAGAAAGGCGUGGUGGGAGAUCCCGGAAUGGGGGGAUAUCCUGGGCAGAAGGGCUUGCCAGGCCCCACUGGGCCAAAUGGAAUUGGCGGGUUCCCUGGCAUGCAGGGAUACAAGGGGGAGAAAGGUGGCACUGGUGCAUAUGGAAGAUCUGGGGAGACGGGUGUCAAGGGCGGCAAAGGCGAGAUUGGACCAACCAUUGACCUUCCAGGAUCGACAGGGUUCCGGGGUGAAACAGGGCUUCCAGGCUUACCAGGUGAGCAGGGCCAUAUAGGUGUAACAGGAGAGAGGGGUAACCCUGGACUCUUUGGCAUCGGUGGCAUGAAGGGAGGACCAGGUGAACUCGGUGGCUAUGGACCCACAGGUUCUGAUGGGCAGCAAGGGUCUCCUGGCACCCAGGGCCAGAAGGGCUUCCCAGGAGUGCCCGGAACCCACGGAACCAAAGGAUCAGAGGGCCACUUGGGACAACCAGGUUUCCCUGGACAGAAAGGUAUUCCUGGACUCGAUGGCCUCAAGGGACAUAGGGGCCUCCCUGGCACUCCAGGUCUUGAUGGCUUCGGUCCCCAUGGUCACCCUGGUAUGAAAGGUCAGAAGGGAGAGGCGGGUAUUGCCAGCAACCAGGUUGGCGGGCAAGGAGGACAUGGCAAGAAGGGUUACUCCGGAGACCAAGGUGAUCUGGGAUGGCCCGGACCUCAGGGUGUCCAGGGCCCGCCAGGGUUUGGGGGCACUGCAGACAGACCUGGGCGACCUGGAGAUAAUGGACAUCCAGGGCAAAAAGGACUCCCAGGCUUCCCUGGCCCCAGAGGCACGCCGGGCAUCCCUGCCCGCUAUGGAGGCAAGGGGGAGAAGGGCAUCCCUGGCCUGUUUGGCCUGACUGGUCUCAGGGGUCUGUUGGGAGACAGAGGGCAGCGCGGGUUCCCAGGAAUGGACGGCGUGCCCGGACAGAAAGGAGGUAAAGGUGAGACAGGCUUGAUGGGACCCCCUGGCAAGAGAGGAGCCAAAGGAGACCGUGGCCCCAUGGGUCUGAAAGGCAAGACAGGAGAACAAGGUUUUCCGGGUGAGACGGGGUCCCCGGGCCCUCUUCCCAUCCCCAUCAAGGUGCCCGGCGAGAGGGGACCACCUGGACCCCCUGGACCAUGGGGACCCGCUGGCACCCCAGGAGCACCAGGCUUUGACGGAGUACCGGGAGACUUAGGUUUCAUGGGGCCCAAGGGAGACAAAGGUAUGCCUGGCAUCAGUGGACAGACAGGAAAUCCUGGUUUCCGUGGAGAGCCUGGAACUCUCGGCCACCCCGGUCUUCAGGGCCUGGAAGGUCAAAGGGGUCGUCCUGGUGUGCCAGGCCUAGCCGGCAUGCCCGGCCGCAGUGUGAGCGUGGGCUACCUGCUGGUGAAGCACAGCCAGUCGGAGCAGAUCCCCAUGUGUCCCGAGGGCAUGAGCAAGGUGUGGGAUGGCUACAGCCUGCUGUACUUCGAGGGACAGGAGAAGGCCCACAACCAGGACCUAGGUCUGGCGGGCUCGUGCCUGCCGCGCUUCAAGACCAUCCCCUUCAUCUACUGCAACCCCAACGACGUGUGCUACUACGGCAGCCGCAACGACAAGUCCUACUGGCUGUCCACCACCGCCCCCAUCCCCAUGAUGCCCGUGGAGACCGAGGAGAUCCGGCCCUACAUCAGCCGCUGCUCCGUCUGCGAGGCGCCCUCCGUGGCCAUCGCCGUGCACAGCCAGGACACCAGCAUCCCGCCCUGCCCCGGGGGAUGGAGGAGCCUGUGGAUCGGAUACUCCUUCCUCAUGCACACUGGUGCUGGAGACGAGGGCGGCGGCCAGUCCCUGGUGUCUCCGGGCUCCUGCCUGGAGGACUUCCGCACCACCCCCUUCAUCGAGUGCAACGGCGUCAAGGGCACGUGCCACUUCUUCGCCAACGAGUACAGCUUCUGGCUGACCACCAUCGACCAGGACUUCCACAGCUCGCCCAAGAGCGAGACGCUCAAGGCCGGACAGCAGCUCGGCCGCCUCAGCCGAUGCCAGGUCUGCAUGAAGAACCUGUGAGGAAUCCGGAGGAGGCAACCAGCGUUGGAUGUCUCAGUGUCCAUCAACGCAAACUUACACACGCAAACACUCAUACUACACACACAUACACACACACACACACACACACACACACACACACACACACACACACACACACACACACACACACACGCUGACUAUUGUGUAUCGCAUCCUGUUUCCACCGUCCAAAGAACACACAUGCAUACACACACACACACCCACACACUCACACAGACACACACCAGUGUUUUAGCACCAUUUGUGUAUACUUGUGCCUUAUGAGAACUCUCUCACACACACACACACACACACACACACACACACACACACACACACACACACACACACACACACACACACACACACACACACACACGAUGCCUAUACAUAUGCCAUUUGUGUAUACUUGUGCCUUAAGAGAACUUUUGCAAGUGUAUCAACCACUUUUCCAUCAAUGCCGUCCCCUAAGAAAAAAUGUAUGUAAAAAUGUCACAAUUUUUUUUUUAACUUUUUUAUUAUGAUUAUAAUUGAAAAUGGUGCUUCCUGUCUAACUUAUUACCUCAGCUAUGUAUUAAAUUGAUGAUUUUGAAUAACCACAAAGAAAUACAGCUGAAACCAAAGAUGCUCGUAUGUAUGCACUGCUUUUCAUGUUGCCUUACCCGUUUUAUCUAAAGGAAUCUUUCCACAUUGCUCCUUUUCAUGCAGUCGCUGUAUAGCAACAGUGAUCCACUUGUAGACUUCAGUGACCUUCAGGACAAACGUUCACAGAUGGACAGAAUGACCUUUAGACAUUAAAUUGUGCAUUGCCGGAGUUGAGGAAAUGGGUCAUUUAAGGUUCCGAAUACAACUGUAAAAGUUAGAGUAUUAAGAAGUAGCCUUCCGAUCUUAAUUAUAUUUUUAUAACUAAAUUAAGGCUAGCUCUAGCUAGGCUCCUGGUCAAAGCAGUCUUUGAAGUACAGUAGACGAAAAUGAUAAACAGGAUGCAAGAGAUUGUUUCCAGGUCGUUUUGGAGGCAUUUCAGCAAAUGCCUGGGUUCACUUGGUUGCAUUUUGCUCUGAAAUCAAGAAUUUGAAAGAAAGAUAUCAGAACCUCCCUACUCCGGCUAUUCAGUCUGUUAUGCUUUCUACUAAUCUGCUCCGAGUUUCAAAGUCCAGUACUCAUUUUAAAGCCGUAAAAUAUACAGUACAUUUCGUAAUCCACGUCCCCUACAUUGCUUGUAUUGUUGCGUAUGAGUAAAAGUGUUUUUUUAUUAUUAUUAUUACUAUAUAAAUAUAAGUUCCAUUGUAGUCCACUACGCUGUAGAUCUGAUCUGGGCUUCUAACAAUUUCAUCAUUUACGUACUUUUACACAAAUUGCACUGAUCCGUUUCUUCUUUGUUUAUUUCUUGAGGUCACACUAAGAAUACACGUGGUGUGAUUACAACAGGUAGGCCCAAAAAGUAUAUAUUUCACCAUAGACAAGUAUUGUUAAUGAUUAUUGUAGAAGGAGCUUUGUUGUCUUCUUUGAGUUUAAAACCUGAAUGCAAUCCAGCAUAACUAAAGUAUGUAAUGUGCCUACACAUAUAAAUUAAAGCUUUGGGUGCUCUCACAGUAAUCGGACUACUCCAAGCUUCAACCCAACGUGUGGUAUUAGGCCUGACAUACUGUACAUAUGUGCAUCUUGUGUGUGUGUGCAUGUGCCAGCAGUGAUUUCUAAGGAAAGACAGUGGACUCCUAAAGUCAGUGUGCUUUCCCAAGACAGCCAUAAACAUCUGGCCUGCAGGUCUUGCAUUGGUUAACCCUUUCCUGGGUGCCUGGAUUGUGCUAGCCUGAUCUUACCAUCCCCAUGUCCUUAUUUUGUAAUUUGGGUCCAGGCCUGCAUUAUUCAGAAGCAAUUACAGAUGUUAGGGGUGAACUCUGGUGAAAUUUGAAAUGAUUCCAUGUGAUAUUAUUACCCAAACUCAAGCUGACAGAGCUCUAAUGCCAGGUUUGUAUUUUUGCAACUAUUGCUCAACAGUCUCAACAUCAAUCAUGUAGAGUUGUGUUCUUGUGUACAUUGAUCAGGUUGAAUUAAAAGUGCCCAGAAACAAUGAUGCCACAACAUUCUGUGUAUUUUUAUUUGAUUUGUUUCUACUUGUAAAUUGAAAUUUGUUUUUAAUGGCACAUACAGUACCUGUAAUCUGUUCCUGUGGCUGUUUAUGAUGUGUAAUUAUGUGGGGUAUAUUUGAGUGCUACCUUAUGAGUAUGUGUCAAAUGUUAGUGUACUACUUGAAUAACAACAAAAUACAUGCUUUUUGUUUGUUAG